AUGCCUGCAACUCCUUCAAGACUGCAAGUACUAUCGCUUUAUAAGCAAUUCAUUAGAAAUUCAAACCAAUUUAACAAUUUCAACUUUAGAGAAUACUUUCUAAGAAUAUCCAGGGAGAAAUUCAAAGAAAAUGCCCCAAUACAGGAUAAAGAGAAGGUAGCAAAACUAUACGAAGCAGCACAAAGAGAUCUUGGAGUUUUAAAGAGACAAAAACUAAUCUCCCAGAUGUACACCUUCGAUAAAUUGGUUGUAGAAUCUGCCAAGGAUCAAGGAGACUCAAGAUCAUAA